AUACAAGCAGCUAUUCUCCACUAUUCUUAUUAUCUCUACUGCAUUACAUAUACAUACAAAGAACCCAUCACAUAAAACAUAAAUUCAAGCUCUCUUCUCCAUCUCAAGCCUAUCUCUUCUUGUUGUUGCAUCUCAAUGGGGGAGGAAGGAAAGAAGCUAGAGGAGAAGAAAGAGGAGGAGAAACCGAUGAAAACGGAGGAAAGUGAGAAGAAAGAGGAGGAGAAACCGGUGAAAGCGGAGGAGAAUGAGAAGAAAGCGGAGGAAGCACCGAAGGAGCCACCGCCACCUCCGCCACCCCAAGAAAUCGUGCUUAGAGUUUACAUGCAUUGUGAGGGGUGUGCUAAGAAAGUCCGGAGAUGUCUCAAGGGCUUUGAUGGUGUUGAAGAUGUGAAGACUGACUGCAAGACUCAUAAGGUUGUGGUGAAGGGAGAAAAGGCAGAUCCGCUUAAAGUACUGGCUAGGGUUCAGAACAAGAGCCACCGUCAAGUGGAGCUGCUCUCUCCGAUCCCUCCACCGCCGGCAGAGCCUAAAAAGCCCGAGGAGAAAGAAAUUCCCAAACCCCCAGAGAAAAAAGAAGAGCCUCCGGUGAUCACAGUGGUGUUAAAAGUCCACAUGCAUUGUGAGGCUUGUGCUCAGGAGAUCAAGAAACGAAUUGAGCGAAUGAAAGGGGUUGAGAAUGCAGACCCGGAUCUCAAAGGCUCGCAAGUGACGGUUAAAGGAGUAUUCGACCCCUUGAAAUUGGUUGAACAUGUGUACAGAAAAACCGGAAAGCAUGCAAUUGUUGUGAAGCAAGAGCCUGAGAAAAAGAAGGAAGAUGUGAAGGUAAAUGAGGAAGCUAAAGAAGAGAAAAAAGGUGAUGAGGGUGGUGACAAGGACGGAAAGAAAGCCGGAGAACCAGCAGCUCCAGAAGCACCCGAAGAUGGAAAAGAGAAGAAGGAAGAAGGCGGGGACAAAGAGGCGGCAAAGCCAGAGGAAACUGCGCCACCGGCAGAGAAAGAAGAGGCCAAAAUGGAGGUAAUGGAGCUGAAGAAGAAUGAGUUUUACUAUUACUACCCUCCACAGAAUUACCAAAUUUACCCUCCAAGGGUGGCCACUGAAAUGUAUGCUUACCCCCCAGCACCACAAAUAUUCAGUGAUGAGAACCCUAAUGCAUGCUCUGUUAUGUAAAUUUCAAACAGUGUGGAGGGUAAAUUUGGUAAAUAAAGAGAGAGAUUGAGCACUCAUGGACUAAUAAGACCAUGGCAUGGCUAGCUCAUCAUGAACUCUUUUUGUUUCUUUGGUAUCUUGUUAUGCUCUGCAUGUGACCUUGUCGUAUAAAUUUACAAAAGAACUGUAGAAUUUCAUAA